GGAAAGGGACAUGGGAACAGUGGAAGGAUCUGGUGUUGAAACAUCGGAAGAGUCUCUGUUGUUAUUGGAACCGGAGCAUGGAGCAGAUGAGGAGAAGAAAGGAAUGGAAGAAGAAAGUCUGAUUGAACCCACCCCUUCUGAUCAAUACAUCGAUUCAUUUGGUAUUGCAGAUCAAUUAUAUAACCAAAAGAAAGGCAACAGAUUCAUUGUAGACUCUGUCAAUACAGAAACUGAGAGCAACAAUGAAGCAAGCAUGGCCCACAUUGUUGACCCAAUAGAGCCCUUCAGUGCUGGACUGGACCAAUCAGGAGUCACUUUACUCAGGGAGGAAGAAGUUAGUGAUUUCACACUGAUUGUGAAUAAUUCUGAAGUGAUCAAGUGCAACCAAAUAGCAUAUGAUUGUGCUCUUACACUAGAGUCAGAUGACACUUUCAGCACUGAUCCCAAAAUCUCUCCUAGUCAACUCAUCCAAACUCCAUGUAUGGAAAUCACUAACCCUUUUCUCAAACCAUUAUUACCGCAUAGUAUUCAGGGGAAUGUGGAGGAUGCAAACACUGACCCCAAUACCACAGGGGGACUGGACACAUCAGAGGUCAUGUUACUCAGCGAGGAGGAAAUGAGUGACCAUGUGCCGCUCUUAAAUGAAGUGAGUGUCAGUAGCCAAAUGACAUAUGAUGAUAGAACUCUCACAACAGAGCCCUGCCAAACAGAUGAGGUUUUGAGCACUGAUCCCAAUAUCUCUGCUAGUCAACUCAACCAAACUCCAUACUCGGAUGAAAGCCAUAACUCUUUUCCCAAUUCACUCUUACUGCAGAGUGUUCAGGACCAAGGUGAUAACGCAGCAAAGAUCAACUCCAAUCAGAGUCCUUCUCCAAGCAGGAGGAGAAAGAUGGGGUCGACUCGUAGGCAUCCUAGAAGUGUACAAAGAGAAGAGGAGGACACAGAGGAGAAACAAGAAGUGGAAAUAGAAAGCACAGAGAUAAAAGACAAGAGAGAAAACAUGGAUGCAAUGGAACGUUCUUGCAUGGAGUUUGAAAUGCUGAUGGAAUCUAAGGAUGGAGCUGGUAAUGAGAAGAAUGAAGGAGAAGAGAGAAAUGAGGAGACUGUCCUGACUGACCUCAGCUGUUCAUUCAGUACUUCAGAUCAAGAGGGAAAAAACAUAGAGGCUGACAAUAUAGAAAGUGAGAGCCAAUCAAUUAUAAAUCAUGCAAUGACAGCAAAACUCAUGCUCCCACGUCAAUCAGAUUUCUCUGAGAUUAGGGAAACUCUUCACAACCCUGAUGUUCCUAAUUUUGAGUCCCACUUGACUGAAGACACACCGAUUUCAACAGAAAAAGUUAGAGAGGCGGAGCAGAUAGAAGUUGAAGUGAAUACAGUCAUGGAGAGCGAGAGCAGCCAAACUGACACAUCUGCUCUUACAGUAGAGGUUCAAGAGUCAGGUGACAUGGUUUGUAUAGACCCUUACAUCUCUGCUCUUCAACAUACCCAAACAGCUGACAUGGAACAAUGUCUGUUAACACAAAGUAAUAGCCCCAGUCUUCGUUCCAAAUCAUCUCUGUCUCUGAGUUCCCAAUCUCACGAGGAUGUUGGUGAAUCCAAAGCUACAGGGAAGAGAAGAAAGAUGGGCUUUACUCAUCGGACACAGGGAGGACUCCACGUAGAGGAUGAGAAGCAGGAGACAGGAGAAUAUAUAAGAGAGGCAAAGGUCAGAGCGGAAACCAUUGGAAAUCCAGAAGUCAAUGCUGUUUUGGAAAGAUUUCAAGAGGAGCGCAGGGCUGAAGCUGUCAGUCUGGAGGACCAACAGGAGAUACAGAGCACAGAGAAGGAGACAAUACUCAUAGAGGUGGUUGCCUCAAGCACGGUUUUGAGUGGAAAAGGGUCUGAACCAGUGGCUCCAGCUCCACAGCCAGGCCCUGGGAAUAAAAGAGGUCAAGAAAAGGCAGAGCGUGUGGAGAAGCCACCGGGUACCUUCGGAAGCUCUGGCUCUAGUUCAAACCCCUACAACGUGGUGAUGGUUGGAAACAGCAGUGUGGGCAAAACCUCCUUCAUGAGGCGUUUCCAAAGUGGAGAGUUCUGUCUGCACCACGAUGCAACCAUUGGUAUUGAUACCUGUAUACAGUCUGUGACAGUGGAUGGCAGCCCAGUGACUCUACAGUUAUGGGAUACUGCAGGUCAGGAAAGAUUCCACAGCAUCACCAGACAAGUGUUCCACAAAGCCCAGGGUCUAAUGCUGAUGUAUGACAUCACUUCCUCUCAGAGCUUCUGUGACAUCUGCUACUGGGUCAAUUGCAUUCAGGAGGGGGCUCCAGAUGAUGUCAUCGUUAUACUCCUUGGGAACAAGACUGAUUGUGCUGAACUAGAUCGAGAGGUUCAGACUCAUGAAGGGGUGAACCUUGCAGAGGGGUACGACAUGCACUUUAUGGAGUGUAGUGCUGCAACAGGUGACAAUGUGACUCUGUCUAUGGAAACUCUGGCAAGGAUGCUAAAGCAGCUGGGUGAGCAGACAAGACAAGAAGAGGGAAGCUUGGUGUUGCAGAAAGAACCGCCAAUGAAGAAAUCAGGCUGUUGCUGAUUAAGGUGGAGAAGAUUGGUACAUGUCAUAAUCUGCAGCACAUACACGCACACACGUAAGCACCCACGUACGCACACACACAUGCAUCUGUGCCCUAUAGCCCCUUAUGAUAGUAUUUUUAUUUCUAAAUGUUCUAUAUGUAAUAUAGCAGAUUUAAAUGUUAAAAACAUUUGUCAGUGCAUGCCAAAGCAUAUACUGUAGUGGUAGUAAUGUAACGCUUGAGAUGAUUCUCCCUUUUCUACUUCUUUCAAACACUGUUUGUGGGGGAAAAAAUGUAUUUAUUAGAUUAUGAAGAGAUAUAUAUUCAUAGCAACACUAUUUAUUUACAGUUAGAUAGUGUCAUAUUACUGUUGGGUUUCUUUUUGCUUGAAAACAUCCACCUAUGCAGUUUAUAGAAGCCUAAUAAAUACAUAAUACAUUCAAUUGCCUCCAUAAUUCCAGUCAUAUUGACAGAAAAUAUUACAAAUGAUUUCUUUAACUAUUACUGUGAGUUCCAGGAGCUGCCACGCUCAUCCGAUCCGUCGAUCUUAUUGACUCACUGCUAUUAUCACAUUGUACCUAAUCUGUAUGGACUAGAAGAGACUAGAAGUCAGAGACGUUCAGAGUGUGAUUGCAUCGAUUGUUGUGUUGCCUCAUGGGUUCCAGAGCAACAGUAUGGCUAGCACCAACAGGCUGAGGAACACAGCAAACGCUAUGAAGAAGACUUCUGCUGCCCACUGGCCAUGCUGCACACCUGUCACAACCAGGGGGCGCUCUGAAGGGAUCAGGUUGGUCAGGUUCAACAUGUAGCCCAGCGUCCAGUUGAUGUCUGUAUCUGCGACCUGAUAGACAGUGAUGUAUAUAAACAUAAACUGAGCAAAACAGAAACGUCCCUUUUUCAGGACCCUGUGUUUCAAAGGUCUUCUCUUUAUCUUUAUUGUAAAAGGGUUUAAACACUGCUUGUUCAAUGAACCAGAAACAAGUAAUAAACAUGCACCUGUGGAAUGGUAGUUAAGACACUAACAGACGGUAGGCAAUUAAGGUCACAGUUAUGAAAAC